GCGCAGUAGAGACACUAACCAGGUCCAGCAGGUUACCGGAGUACCUCCACUUAUUAUUCGACACUUUUUAGCUCAUUUUUCGCCUGUAAAGACGAGGCUUUCGCUCAAUUCGCAGAGCCAUGAAUCCUGAUAUCACACGAGAACGUCAAAAUGCUUCGUUUGACGUCGAAAAACUUACGUACAUUUUGGACGGAGGCCCGGAAAAGACUAAAAGAAGACGACAAAUUGAGGCGCUGGUUUUCAGUGACCCAGAUUUCCACGAGGACGACCCAAACUUCCUGUCUCGCAGCGAACGCUACGACCAGGCCGUUCGAAAAAGCGCCCAGAUGGUCCUGAAGCUCAGAGAGUACGGCAUCGCCGACCCGGAGGAAAUCUAUUACUACAAAAGUUGUGUUCACCCCGGCAGGCCAUCGCCCUUGGACCUCCAUUUGGCGAUGUUCCUGCCCACGCUGCUCAACCAGGCCAGCCCGGCUCAAAUGGACCGGUUCUUCAUGCCCGCCUGGAACCUAGAGAUCAUCGGCACCUACGCUCAGACCGAGAUCGGCCACGGGACACACCUGAGAGGCCUGGAGACCACAGCCACGUACGAUCCGGCCACCCAGGAGUUUGUGUUGAACAGUCCCACCGUCAGCUCCAUCAAAUGGUGGCCUGGAGGACUUGGGAAGACCUCCAACCAUGCCAUCGUUUUGGCCCAGCUGUACAGUUUGGGAAACUGCCACGGUCUGCAUGCGUUCAUCGUUCCCAUCCGUGACAUGAAGACUCAUGAACCUCUGCCGGGAAUCGUAGUCGGUGAUAUUGGCCCCAAGUUUGGCUUUAAUGAAGUUGAUAACGGAUUUCUGAAAUUGGAGAAUGUGAGGAUUCCUCGAGAGAAUAUGAUGAUGAAAUACUCCAAGGUGGAGCCGGACGGGACGUACGUGAAGCCGCCCAGUUCCAAGCUGACCUACGGCACCAUGGUGUUCGUCCGCUCCAUGAUUGUAGGCGAGUCGGCUCGCACCCUGUCCAAGUCCUGCACCAUCGCCAUCCGCUACAGCGCCGUGCGCCACCAGUCUGAGAUCCGGCCGGGAGAACCAGAGCCUCAGAUCCUGGACUACCAGACGCAGCAGUACAAGCUCUUCCCUCUGCUCUCCAUGGCUUACGCGUUCACGUUUGUCGGCCAGUACAUGACAGAGAUAUACCACCGGAUCUCUGAAGACAUCAGCCAGGGAGACUUCAACCAGCUGCCCGAGCUCCAUGCCCUCUCUGCGGGCCUGAAGGCCUUCACCACCUGGGAAACCAACUCCGCCAUCGAGGUGUGCCGCAUGUCGUGCGGCGGCCACGGUUACUCCCGCAGCAGUGCCUUGCCCGAUAUUUACGUAGAGUUUACCCCAACCUGCACCUAUGAGGGCGAGAACACAGUCAUGAUGCUGCAGACUGCAAGAUAUCUGGUGAAGAGCUACCGGCAGGCUGAAAAGGGCCAGCAGCUGAGCGGCAUUGUGUCGUACCUGAACGAGUCCCAGAACCGGAGGGUCCAGCCGCAGGCCGUGGCCUCCAGGCGCCCCCUGGUGGACAUCAAUGACCUGAGCAGCCUGGUGCAGGUCUACCAGCAGAGAGCUGCAACUUUAGUUGAAAUGGCGGCGAAAAGCAUCCAGCAGGAGCUGCAGCGCAGGAAGUCACAGGAGGACGCCUGGAACAACAGCGCUAUCGACCUGGUCAGAGCCUCAGAUGCCCACUGUCACUAUGUUGUGGUGAAAGUCUUUAAUGACAAGCUAAAAGGCGUUGGGGACACAGCAAUACACUCUGUGCUGUCAACGCUGGCUCUGCUCUAUGCCAUGCAUGGAAUCACAAAGAACUCUGGAGACUUUCUGCAGACUGGACUGGUGAGCGUGCCCCAGGUUCUGCAGAUUUCGGUUCGUAUCAAAGAGCUUCUGUCCCAGCUGCGACCCAACGUUGUGGCGCUGGUCGAUGCCUUCGACAUCCACGACAAGAAGCUGAAUUCGGUUCUGGGACGCUACGACGGAAACGUCUACGAGAACAUGUUCGAGUGGGCUCGCCGCUCACCUCUUAAUGCCGCAGAGGUCCAUGAAUCCUUCCAGAAGUACCUGAAGCCGCUGCGGUCCAAACUGUAAGCUGAUGAAACGGACCUCCACCAAAGGCUGGGAACCUUUAGCUGCACAAACCUCCUCUGUAGUAACUAGUUAAAUCAACCCUGUGAUGGAUUUCUCUGCUGGUAUUUAUGGCAGUUUUAGCACUCCAUCCAUGUCAGUUUAACUCAACAAACGCAACUAAAUUCCUGGUAGACGGCAGAUAACUCUGGAGCGUCAUGGUGGUGAUGGGGAAAUAGACCCAAAAUGUCUUUCAUCACCAGAUACAGACAUUUUUAAAACAAACAAAGAAGAAAUGACAAUUAAAAAUACAUGAUAAACAGUCAAACAGUUUUAUUUAAAUUCUGCUGAUAUGAUUCCAAUAAUAAAUAGUUAAUGAAA